GUGCCACUACUAUAUACCUUUCUUCACAUGAGACACAGCUUGAAAUAUUUUGAUAAAAUGAGAUGCUUGCGGAAACGAUCAGCAGUGUCAUUCUUAGGAGUCCUUGUCAUUUGCUUGCUGUUCAUGAACUUAUACAUUGAAGAUGGUUAUGUUUUGGAAAGGGACAAGCAAUUAAUCAGAGAAACAGCUACGCACCAGCUCAACCCAGAGCGCUAUGUUCACACUUUUAAAGAUUUGUCUAAUUUCUCAGGAUCUAUAAAUAUUUCCUAUCGCUACCUAGCUGGCACGCCUUUGCCAAGGAAAAGAUAUCUUACAAUUGGGCUAUCCUCUGUGAAACGGAAAAAGGGAAACUACUUGCUUGAGACCAUCAAAUCCAUAUUUGAGCAGUCAAGUUAUGAGGAACUCAAAGAAAUUGCAGUAGUAGUGCAGCUGGCAGAUUUUGACUCAGACUGGUGUGAAGGGAUAGUCCAGGAUAUUUCACAGAAAUUUGCACAUCACAUAAUUGCAGGCAGAUUAAUAGUUAUUCAUGUCCCUGAAGAGUAUUAUCCUGUACUGGAUGGCCUCAAGAGAAAUUACAAUGACCCAGAGGACCGUGUGAAGUUUCGAUCCAAACAAAAUGUAGAUUAUGCUUUCCUUCUUAACUUCUGUGCAAAUCUUUCUGACUAUUAUGUGAUGCUAGAAGAUGAUGUUCGCUGCUCAAAGAAUUUUUUGACUACUGUUAAGAAAGUAAUUACCUCACGGGAAGGCUCCUACUGGGUGACUUUGGAAUUCUCCAAACUGGGGUACAUUGGAAAGCUUUACCAUUCCCAUGACCUCCCACGCCUGGCCCAUUUUCUGUUGAUGUUCUACCAAGAAAUGCCUUGCGAUUGGCUGCUCAUCCACUUUCGUGGGCUAUUAGCUCAAAAGGAAGUGAUACGUUUUAAGCCAUCUCUGUUCCAGCACAUGGGAUACUACUCCUCUUACAAAGGAGCUGAAAACAAGCUAAAGGAUGAUGAUUUUGAAGAGGAAUCAUUUGAUAUUCCUGACAACCCACCUGCAAACUUGCACACCAACAUGAAUGUAUUUGAAAACUAUGAGGCAAGCAAGGCUUACAGCAGCAUUGAUGAGUACUUCUGGGGAAAAUCACCUUCUACUGGAGACUUCUAUGGGAUUGUAUUUGAAAAGCCCAUUAAAAUCAAUAAAAUUAAAGUUGUCACUGGAACUGAAGACCGACAAAAUGACAUUUUGCAUCAUGGGGCCCUGGAAGUAGGAGAAAAGAUUGUAGGGAAUAAAAAAGGCAGACAAUGUACUACUUAUUUAAGACUAGGGGAAUUCAAAAAUGGGAAUUUUGAAAUAACAGAUGUAGAGCACAAAGUUCUGUUUGAUAUUAACUGCAUGAGAAUACUUGUUACCAAAAGUCAAAAAGAAUGGCUGAUCAUUAGAAGCAUUAGCGUCUGGACUUCUCAAACACCAAAUUAA